AUGCACUCUAACAGCACAGCACACCCAGGCAUCCUCACCCUAAUCAUGACAUCUUCCAUGAACUGUUCCUUACUCCCCAACUGUAGUUCCUCGAGCCACGACACAGUCUGGCAGCCGGCAGUGAUCCAAAGGGUGGCCACUCUGGUCUGCGGCAUGGUUCUAGCUCUGGUGGGCAACACGUCUAUCAUUACCAUCCUGACCUGCAGCCGCCACCGUAAGCGCAACAGCCGGGUCAACAUCUUCAUCAUCAACCUGGCCAUCGGUGACCUGACAGUUUGUAUCUGCACCAUGACCACGGAGAUUUUGUUUGUUGCCUUCGGCCAGUGGGUGCUGGGCCCGGCGCUGUGUAAACUCCUGCCCUACCUGCAGUGUAUCACGCUAGCAAGCACCACCUUCAUACUGACCUCCAUGAGCUUCGACCGCUACCUGGCUAUCUGCAAGCCACUCAAGUACCGAGCAUCCACGGCCAAAGCCAAGAAGUUUAUCGCCAUUUCCUGGGCGCUGGCCACAGUUCUGGCUAUCCCGCAACUGUUGAUCUUCGUGCAGAUCUCCGAGAAGAGAGGCAGCAACCUAGUGGUGCAGUGUAAAACUAAAGGUUACACAGCCGACUGGCAACGUAUGUUGUAUUUAACCUUUCUCACCUGCUACGUCUUCGUUAUUCCCAUGAUUCUCAUUUCGUUUUGCUACAUCAGUAUCGUCUGCGUGGUCUCCAAGGCCAGCCGGGUGGUGAAAACCAAACCCAAUAACUCGUGUAGCCUCAGAAGGUCCCAGUGUGCCAAGGGCCGGUCGACUUUCCCACGUGCCAAAAUAAAAACCUUGAAGAUGACUUUCACCAUCAUCGCCACGUUUGUGGUUUGUUGGACCCCAUAUUUUGUGACCACGUUGAUCCGGGUCUACAGCCGGUACACAAUCCAUGUGCCGGAGUCGGUCAUGGCUCUAGUGGAGACCACCACAUUCAUCCAAAGUGCUUUUAAUCCGCUCAUUUACGGCUGCUUCAAUAUCAAACUGAGGCGGGGCAUCAAAGACUUCUUGUGCUCCGACAGCGCUUCCCUUGGCAAAUCUUCCAGUUACCGCAGCGCUGGACUCUGUCUGUCGGCGGUCAGUGAGCCACAGCACAACCCCGGUCCGGGCGCUAAACUUCUGGGGAAUCCCCGGCUGCGGGAAAAUGCCUUGUGUAAUAACAUAUCUAAUUCUGACAGCGGAAAUUCCCAAGAGCGUGGCGGUCGGGUGUCUAGUGUGGUUACUGUCACAGAGGAAAAUCAAAAUGGCAUCCGUCUGAGGGUUCGGUUCUCGAGCAGCAAUCAGUGCAAGUGUCUAGCCAGCGAUGGGCUGGACUUCUGCCAUUCCGACAUCACGGUGCCCUACGAUAUCUUGCAACAUAGUCCAGGGUCAAAUGUGAAACUUUCUCUAGAGAAACAACACUCGCUGCGUCAGCUCUACCAGUGA